GAUCUGGAACAUCGUUUCACGUAUGGUCUGCGUACCAUUACGUUUUGAAUUUCGCGCGCUCUCCCGCUUGGCGCCAACGCGCUCGGUUGUAUCCGCCGGCCGGCGGAUGGCGCCACCCUCACGACGCGAGCUACAUAAUCGGCCGGGGACGCACAAGCGCAGUCGAGUCAACAGAGUCGGACGCAGUGACCGGCGUCUUCGGCGAGUGAAGUGUCUUCGUUGCGAGUGUCUCGGAGGCCUGUGUCUGUCUUCUUCUGUGCGGAUCUAUCUGCCGAGGAUACUUCGUCGCGCCAUCGGUCAGUUUAGCUGGAUACCACCUGGUAGCCAGGAGGCGAGUGAGAUAAAGACAGGUGGCACGGGAAGAAGGUAAAGCCAGCAACGGUAAGAAGUGAUCAGUACCAUGGGAGCGCGACAGAGUAAGAGGUCUGUGGAUAUAACGACGACGCCGAAGAAGGAGGGUUUACCCGCUGAAGGAGGCGUCGUCGGCGACGCGGCUGCACCUGGCGACGGCAAGCUCGAGAGGAUCGAGGAGGCCGACACGAAGCCUACCACCAACGGCAUAGCACCGCACACGGAGGCACCCGAGGAUAAAGAGAAAGACAAGGAUGAGGCUAGCGAGAAGGAGAAAGAACCGCAAGAGGAAGUAAAGGCUGAGGAGGCGAAGCAAGAGUCGACCGGAGAAUCUCCCGCGGAAGUGGCAGAGGUCACGACGCCUACAGAGGGUACCCCUGCCAGUCCGAACGCUGUCGCCUCUCCAGAUAGUAAGGAAGCCAAAAAGAAGGAUAAGAAGAAGAAGUGGUCCUUCAGGUCGAUCAGCUUUAGUAAGAAGGACAAGACCAAGCCGAAUCGCGAAGAAACGCGCAAGAAUGGAGAUGUCCCUAUGGACGGCAACAUGUCAGUGCAAGAAACACUCGCGGAGGGUGGCGAGGAGGCCGAGAGCGCAACGGCAGCGGCGAGCAGCCCCACGGAUGAGAAGUCAGCGAUGAGCAGUCCGUCGGCGGACGAGCCGCAGGUAGCCGCACCGGUAGCAGCAGCCGCGGCCACGUUGGUCGAAGCGAAGGAAGAGGCCGCCGCAGCGUCGCCAGCAGCCGUCGCUAGUCCGGCCGAGGAAAAGAAAGAAGAACCCACUCCCUCCGCCCCCACUCCCGUCCCAACCGGCGAGGAUAAGAAAGAGGAGGCGGUCGAAAAAGUCGAGGCGGCCGAGAAAAAAGUAGUCGAGGUCAGUCCAGCCGGUGGUCGGUCUGUAACGGACCCGAUAGAGGUUCCCGUCUUCCGAGUCCAGCCAGUCGCGACGCCGUCUAUCAUUGAGAGGAAAACCAGUGAGGACCUCCCGUCCCUGCCCCCAUCCAGUCCGCCACCAACCCCCAUAGACCCGUCGCCCUUGCAGCAGGCUCGGCAGGCCGCGGCGAGCGCCACGGCACUCGCCGAGGCGCUCAAGCUGCCCGCCGAGGUUGCCGACAAGGAGGAAUCGUCGGUGCCCGCCGACGUGUUCCCGUCGUCCCGCGAGUAUGUUCCCCAAGAGAGCCGCGUGGAACCUAUUCUCGCUAGCGCGUUCCCGAGUUCACCCCCCGCUCCCUCCUCGACAGAGUCACCCUCGCCGACGACCUUUGUCCCCGCGAAGGUAGAGUGCCCGUCGACGGUAGAGACCGAGAUCGAGUCUCGAGAUGUCGCGGAGGAGGAGGAGGCGGAGAUGUUAGCGAGUAGCCGUGACAACGAGGGGUGCGAUCCGAAGGUAGAGAGCGUGUCGGAGAGCCCCGUCGCGACGGAGGAAGUGUGUAAGCGCCAGGAAGCCGAGGCAAAUAAGGUGGAGGAGACGCCACUAGUAGUGGAUACGCCGAAGCGUUCGGAUGAGGCGCUUGUUGAUAAUACAAAUACACAGAGCAAAGUGGAAUGUCAGCCUGUCCUGAAAGAGGCGGAUCCGCUCGUUAACGUUAGCGCUAAGGAAAUAGACACGCACGUCGAUACUUUAGUCGUGCUAGAAAGCGAGCUGAAAUCGCCGGAGAUCAUAUCGCUGGAUCAGUCGCCGAUGGAUUACGGUAAUGACAAAAACGAGGCGGCGCUACCUUUGUCGACGGUGGAACACGAGAUGAAAGUUGCCGACGUAGCUGCGACGGAUAAAGUUAUGAAUGAGACUUUACAGGUCGUGGAGUGUCAAAUAAAGAGCGAGAUAAAUAAUCACGGAGAUGCUAUGAAGACAAAUGUAUCGCCUAAUGUCGGAUAUAAUGAAAAAGCCGAGACUACGGCGUUACCACCGACCGAGAUUGAAACAAAUAGCGCCUGUCCGACGAUAAAGCAGCAUUUCACGUUUGAGAACUUGGAGACGGAAAAAGCGGGGAAUCUUAUGGAUGAGAUGACACAGCGCGCGGAAAAAUUGUCAGAUAACAAAGCGGAAAUUGCAGAACAGCUAUGCGAAAGAGCGGUCGAACCUGAACAUAAUUACGCGAAAGACGUGUUGGAAACAGCCGAGGAAGAAACGAUGAUUGCGUUGAUGACCUCGCCG